AUGGGUCGGCUCGACCGGAGUGAUACCACGGCCUCACAGAAAACCGGCAUCGCAGCACUAUGCUGCGUUUGCAUCUGGUCAGUGGAGAGUGCAGUACUCGACCCUUCACUCUACUUGUCUCCGAGUCCACCACUAACUGACGUGAGUGGAAGUCUCACUCCUGGAGAGCUGUGGACCAAGCCGGUAGAGAGAAUGGCACGCAACGCUGCAGAUACAUUGUCAUUGCCUAGUGUUAUUGAAGAAAAACCGGUGUCAAAACGAAAACCACAACCUAUGGAAAAGGCGAAGUUCUUCUGGCCAUCACUUCGUUCAGCGCACUACAGCGUUGGCACAGGCAACGUUCAAGUUCCACUGACGUUCAGCGUGUCUGGUCUUUACGGGAGGUACUCUCCAGGAACUAUUGGAUCUUCAGGAGUUAUUGGCAGCUCCUAUGGAACAAUUACAGAUAUCGGAGCACCCAUUUCCUCAGGCCUAGCUGGUACUAGUUAUGGAAAAUAUAGAACCUAUUCCGGAUUAAGAAUUUAUGGGGGAGAAAAUGGACCAGCGUGGAGCGGCUGGGGCAACGGCAAGUGGGGACACUACGGCAAAGGAUAA